AUGGCCUCCUGCUCAGCAGUCUGUGGGUCAGAGCCAUCGGAGCGUGCUCAGAGUGUGGUCGAUUCCGGUUGCCAUACUUUUGGUGUUCGUUCCUACCUACACCAUUUCUAUGAGGAGUGUACAGCCUCCAUGUGGGAUCAGCAGGAAGAUUUUCAGACCCAGAGAUCGCCCCAGUGGUGGAGCUCAGGCCUCUGGAAGGUCUCUCUUGCAUUUGGAGCUGUGGUGCUACUCGUGGGGCUGGUGGUGCUGACAGUGGGUUAUGCCAUCCCAACCCGUAUCGAGGCCUUCGGGGAGGGGGAGCUGCUGUUUGUGGACAGGCAGGCAAUGCGUUUUAACCAGGGGCUGCAUCUCAGCGUGAUGGCAGGGACAGGCAUGCUCAGCCUGGGAGGACUUCUGAUGGCAGGGGGCCUCCUCAUGUCUGCCUUCUGCAGGACCCACAACAAAGAAGAGGAGAACCAGGUGAAACCCUCCCAAAGAGAUAAGAAAGGAGGACAGGGGGGGUCAGCAGGAGCGAAGAGUUCACCUGGAGCGGUCACCAAGUCUCCGGUCCCUGUCUCAUCUGAGAGCAAGGUGCCCAUCACUCUCUCUAAAGUGGAGAACAUCCAACCAUCGUCAUAA